GCAAUACAAAAUCCCACCACCAUCAAACGCCGUUGGCAGCUCCUCGCAACUCUAGCCAGUGAUGGUGGCUUAUGGUGCAGCCAUUUCUCUUAAGAAUAUGAUUGAACAUAUUCUAGAAUCGUCUCGGCUUUCGCUGGUUCUUCCCUCUCCACAAAUCAUACAAUCGGCCUACGAGGCCAUGUGUCACUUGCAGAAAGCUCUACUGAAAUUGGACGACACAGGCUACAACAAGAUGAGGACGAAGGUGAAUGCUUUGGAUGAUCGAAUCAAAGAGGUCGUAUGGGAAUUCGAAGAUUUACUAGAAUCCCAUCUCUACGAUCAAAUUCUUCCACAGCUCGAAAGCUCAGGAGGUGUGAGAGAUCACUUGUCUUUCUCCAUAGAUCUGCAGAGUCUGCGGCAGAGUGUUGAUUGUUUUGUCGAGAGGGUGGCGGUGAUGGAGGCGGAAUACGAGGUUGAACUAGUGAACAUGCCUGAGGAAGAAGGCGAACCUGUUUCUUCAAGAAUUGAUUGUCAUCGAAUCAACUCUGACAUGGUUGGAUCAUCUCCAUCUCAAAUAUUUAAACAAGUGAGGGAUCAUCUUCUUGAAUUCCAAGAUGAGCAUGUGAAUUGGUUAUUGGUUACUGGGAUGGUAGGGGUUGGAAAGACAACUCUUGCUAAGAAAGUAUUUGAUGAUCCAAUAAUUCAGAGACAUUUCGAGUUUAGAGCAUGGGUCAAAGUGGGCAGAAAGUGUGAAUUCCAUGAAACAUUACGAUGCAUUCUAGCUCAAGUGGAUCCCAACACUCACCACCAAAUGUCUGACAACAAGAAAUUAGUUGGAGUCUUGGAAGAGCGGUGGAAGGAUAAAAAAUGUCUGAUUGUGUUGGACGAUGUAUGGGAAUGGGACACACAACUAAUGGAUAACUUGCGAAAAGAGAAUGUCCGAAUCUUGCUUACAAGCAGGAUAAGAAUUGAAGAAUCUGCGGUUCAAGAAGUAAUCUUGUUAAAUCUUGAAGAUUGUAAGAAAUUACUUGGCGAGAAGGUGUUUGGUGAAGAGGGAUUCCCACCUCACCUUGAUGAAUUGGGAAAGAAGAUUGCUUACAAAUGUGAAGGUCUUCCACUUGUGGUAGUCAUAGUUGCUGAGCUUCUAUCCAAACAAGACAAGACCAUAGAAUAUUGGACCGAGGUAGCUACUAAACAACAUAAUUCAGUGUUCGUGGAUGCAUAUAAUCAAAUAUUAGAGGUACUUUUCCCAAGCUAUGACUACUUACCUCAAUAUCUAAAACUAUUUUUUCUCUAUCUUGGAGCUUUCCCUCCAUACACCGAUAUCGUACUACCUCGUCUCAUUAGUCUAUUAAGUGCUGAAGGGUUUCUUGAACCGAAUGUAAACCAAACUUUGCUAGAUUUUAUUGUUGAACGCUUAGGAAUGCUUAAUGGCUAUUAUCAUCUGGUUCUAUUCAAAUUACCCGUAAGAUCUUGGUUUUCAUUGAGAGAGUGUCGCGUGCAUUCUUGUUUACAGCACUUGUGUAAGAAAGAAGCUAGUAAGAUCAAGUUUCUGCAUGUCUUACAAAGUUACGAUGAUGUUAUGAAAGACCAACGUCGGUUGUGUGCUCAUAGUCACAUGUUGUUUGCCUUCGAACAAGUGUACGAUUCAAUAAGUAGUGAUUGUUCAUCUACCAUUCGUUCUUUCCUUUGUCUUGGUCCUUACUACAAAUAUCCGGUGCCAAUACAUGCCAUGAACUUCAAGUUGCUCAAGGUACUUGAUGCUUAUCCAGUCCGAUUCUACCAUAUUCCACUUGAAAUUCUUAAACUAGUUUGUUUGAGGUACCUGGCCCUAACUUGCAACCAAGAUCUUCCAGUUUCCAUAUCCAACCUUUUUAACCUUCAAUUCUUGAUUAUCAAACCACAUUUUUACAUUAAAAAGCGUGGAGUUGUGUCAUAUAUGCCAGAGCAAAUCUGGGACAUGCAAGAACUUCAAUAUAUUGAAGUGAAUGGAAGAGAUCUACCAACCCCUAAUUCUGAUGCUACUUUGGACAAACUCUGCUCUCUUCAUGGUGUGAGUGCGAAGAGUUGCUCUAGAGAAGUUCUCAAGAGAAUUCACAAUUUACAGAUAUUAAGUAUUGAGGUGGAAUUGGAGCCUUACAAUGAUGACGAUGAUAGCAGCCCAUUGACUCGUUUGGAUUGUACCUUGGAAGAACUCCAUAAGUUGGAGUCAUUUACAUACCACGUUGUGAAUCCUGAGAUGAAGUAUGAGUACUUGGUUCCUCUUUCAAUGUUCCCAUCAAGUCUGACAACCCUGCAUUUGUUUGGCUUAGGGUGUCCAUGGAAACACAUGAAUGACAUUGGUUUGUUGUUACCAAAUCUCAAGGACCUCAAUUUAUACCAAUAUGCCUUUCGAGGCUUAGAGUGGGAUAUAGAAUCAAGGCGUUUUUUGAAUCUCAAGACACUUGUAAUUGAAGACACUGAUUUGGUGCGAUUGAGGGCUCAACAUGGAAGCCUUCCUAGGCUUGACCUCUUAAGCAUACGGCACUGCUACAAAUUGCAGCAACUUGACUGGAUGUGUGAUCCCUCAAUUGACACAACACAUACAAUCGAAUUAGUUGAGUGCAAUCCAUUACUUGUCGCAUCUGCCAAGCAACUAAGUCCGGAAUCUAUGUUUACAGUUUAUUGGUACUCUUCCUUCUGGGAUGAGAAGUCAAAGCAAAGACUCUUAACUGGUUAACAGGUUGGAUUAUGAGAAGUUUAGGACCUUUUGAUUUCUUGAUGUGUGUUUAUGUGGGAGUUUGUUACCACUGGGAGGAGUUUUGCUGCCAUGAAAGAUUAUCAAACAGAUGGAAACGAAGAAAUGGUUGUUCUUGAAGAAAUGGUUGUUCUUGGAGCAAUGAACAUAGCCGGUUUGACGACGUUUUGCUAUUUUACUACAUGUAUUGAUGUACUUGCGUAAAUCAUAAAGUUUGGUUAAAUUCUUUGACAUGCUCAAUUUUAAAUCAGCCAAAAACCAUGAAGUUUAACAUUGUUUGUAACUGUUGUGAGAGCUUGAUUUACGUCCAAAAUUUGGGUUUAUAUCUUCGUUUCAAUCUUCGUUAGUGUGGCAGCGCACUUAACAACUACUUGGCCGUGUCAUCAAUUUGAAACACCUGUGCGAUACAUCAACAAUAUUGCUACUCAGCUCAUAUUUGUUAAAUCUCGCACACAUCAAAUGUGACUCUAUUGUGAGGCGGACGGAGUAAUUUUUUUACUUGAAUAUUGGAUGGAAAAGAAUUUGACUAACUUUUAAUUUGCUAAUAAAACAUUUUACUACUACUCUACUACGAGUUAGAUAUUAUGUUUAGCAUGCACUCAGGGCAAAAUCUAAGGCUCUGCAAUCUACAUUUCACUCUGUUUUCAGUCUAUGCCCAAAUUCUCGACUGUCUCCUCUUUUCCACCUCUCACAAAUUUCCCAUUCGCCGCCGCCAAAGAGAACACAGAAGUACUGAACAAAGACGAAAGGUUGGGGGAUGUAGAAGUGAGCUGUGCCGAGUCAGUUCCGAGUUCAAGCACAUUUGCCGUAAUUGUGACUUCAUUGAAUGGGGAUUGUCAGUUAUCUGGUCCUUUGGUAGUCUUUAUAGUCGGGGAAGUUUUUAGACCGGUGUCAAUAAAGAGGAGAAAAAGGUGAUCGUUGGCCUAAUAGCCAUGUUGUUGAGUAAGGUGACUUCACUCUUUGGGCUUUUCUAAAUGGCCGUCUCGAUCUUUCUCAAGCUGAGAAUGUAGGCAAGCUUGUAACAUCUAAGUCGGUGUUUACAGCAGAUGCUGCACUGGCAGGAUUGCAGAGGCAACGUGAGCAGCUCGUUCAAGAAAGAUCAUCAUAUUUCAGUUGGUUAUCGUGCUGUCAUUUCUCUCGAGAAUUCCAUUCAGCGUAUUCUAUAAUCAUCUCCCAAAUUUCACUUGUUCCUCCCUCUCCACAAGUUAUACGACAGGCCCAUGAGUCCAUGGAUCGCUUGCUAAAUGUUCUGCUACAGCUGGACGACACCGGCUACAGAAAGAUCAGGAUGAUGGUGAAUGCUUUAAAUGAACGUAUCAAAGAGGCCAUGUGGGAAUUAGAAGAUUUACUAGAACCAUCUCACCCAUGAGAUAUUCUACAACUCGAAAGAAGCUCGAAGGUGAGAGAUUGCUUGUCUUUCUCAGUGGAUCUGUUGAGUCUGUGACAGAGUGCUGAUUGCUUCGUCUGUAGGGUGACGAUGAUGGAGAUAUAUUGUACGAGUUGAACUGCUUUAUAUGCUUGAAGAAUAAGACGAACCUAUUUCCUCAAGAAUUAAUUUUGGUGGAAUAUUUCCUCAAAGAUGGUGGAAAUUAUCUUCUUGUAGAUGGCAGGGGUUGGAAAGACAACUAUUGCCAAGAAGGCAUUUAACGAAAUUACUUGAAUUGUUGGAUUUGUUGAGAUAUAAGAUAUAUUUAUUAGAUCGAAAAAAAUGAAAUUAUACUAGAUUGAGGUUUGUUUACGUAGAUUGAAUUUUGCCAAGAAAUUAGCACGUAAAAUUGUCAUUAUAGUUCAUUGCCACUCUUCUUUUUGAGAUGAGAAGUCGUAGCUUGACUCUGAUAUAACAUUGGAUGUGUUUUGGA